CUGUGCUAGGCUGAACAGAAAGUGAAGCCAAGAAACUGCGGGUAGUUCGGUUCACAAUCACUGAGAAUAGCCGCUGAGGACGUCAAUGGUGGAGUCGAGUACGCGAGCUAGUCCAUUCAGGGAACGGUCUGAGACAGACCCUUACUAGGUAGGGCUUUACAUGGAGAGCUGAAAUUUAAUAUGAGGUUAACGACCUUAAUGAUGUACAUAUCCCUGGCUUUGCUAUUUAUUUUGCAUAUUGGGUUUUCUGAUGCUGCACCUCGCGUCAACUCCUACGAUGCUUCGCCUAUCUCCAGGAAGCCUCGCUCAGCCUCCGAGAGCUUGGAACCGCUCUACACCACAUUGCCUAAUCGUUUACCUGAGGGCAGGUUUGUGCUCGGCCAACUAACUGGGCUCACGCCGUCCCCUACUAUUGGUUUCACCGGAGUGGCCAGCAAAACGAUACGGGUCUCCACGACUCCUGUCUCGCCAACUGCAACCACAAUUCAGCCACCAACAACUGACCCUACAACCCCAAGGCCAAGCACAGAAAUGCUUUUCAACACUAGAAAAAAAAAUACGUUUUUGAGCUCCAGAACAUCCAAUUCAAGCAAAAUAUCUGCUGAUGGGCAAGCAUCAGUUUUUCCUCCAGAAAAAACGAACAUGGUCUCCAUGGUUUCUCAGCGGACGACUAAUGAUGCAUGGUCUUCAGAUAACAUCGAUGCAUCGAUUUCCUCCUCCGAGAAUGGUCAAGAGUCUCUGUGUAACUGCAGCAGUGAGGGGGCUCUAGAUGUGGAUGACUGUGACAAGAAGACAGGUCAGUGUUUCUGCAUGUCAGGGUACACUGGGCUGCUGUGUGAGGACUGUGAGGAAGGACACUUCACCAAUGGCACCACCGGCUGCAUACCCUGUGGCUGUGACUCCUACGGAGCUGUCAACCACCUCUGUGACAGCUCAGGAAUGUGUGUGUGUAAGACGGGAGUGUAUGGCCCCAAGUGUGACGAGUGCCACCCAGGCUUCUUUCGUUUCAGCAGCACGGGGUGCCAACCCUGCCAGUGCAACAACCUUACUAACUACUGCCACCCACAAUCUGGUGUCUGUCUGAACUGCCAGGGCAACACUCAAGGACCCAACUGUGAGGAAUGCAAGCCCAGAUUCUACCGCAGCUCUGGUGCUGCCAGCACCGAUGCCUGUGUCGCCUGCCCCUGCUCCAACACCACCUCCACUGGCACCUGUCACACCGACUCUGAUGGGUUCCCAGUGUGUGACCAGUGCCUGUCUGAGUACAGCGGUCAGCAGUGUGACCGGUGCAAGGCUGGCUUCUACAGUUCCAAUGGUGUGUGUGUCACCUGCGACUGCAGUGGGAACGCAGACCCUACAGGGCCGGCCCAGCUCUGCCACCCUGACACUGGCCACUGCCUGAGCUGCACCGUCAACACCACGGGGCCUCAAUGCCAGCUCUGUGCCCCCGGCUUCACAGGGGACGCCCUUGCCCACAACUGCACCCGCCCAGCAGCACGGAUCAUUCUUACCCCAGAGCCUGCUACAACAACAGAGACCCCUAAAACCACCACUACAACCUCUGCUCCAACCCCCAGCAGCAAGGGCCUGACUGCCACAGUGCCCACCAGUGCUUCCCCUUCCACUACUAACUGCAGCAUCCUACUGAGCAUAGCCACCACCCAGGCCCUGCUCACCAGCCUGGGCAGCCCCACAGUCAAUACCACGGCCGCUCUCACGGAGGUCUCCUGGACCCAGUUCAACAUCAUCGUCCUGGCCGUCAUCAUUCUAGUAGUGGUGCUGCUGCUGGGCUUCGUGGGAGGAGUGUACACCUACAGAGAGUACCAGAACCGCAAGCUCAACGCUCCCUUCUGGACCAUUGAGCUGAAGGAGGACAACAUCAGCUUCAGCAGUUACCAUGACAGCAUUCCCAACGCUGACGUGUCUGGCCUGCUGGAAGACGAGGCCAACGAGGUGGCGCCCAACGGCCAGCUGGCUCUUACCAACCAGGGCAACUGUUAUAAGGCCUAGCCCACAGGGCAGACGAUGAGCACACUGCGGACAGACUGGACACUCCCGGAGAGGCUUCCGGCCUGGCUGCCUGCUUCACAGGACAGAGGCAUGAAAUGGAUAAAGACUUUCAAAGCUGCUGGACACCAAACCCAAAGCUCAAUGCGUAACUUGACUCCUUCUACCCAGCUCCUCUCUCCUUCUGUGGAGCAGAAGGACACCAACAGACUGACAGAUGUUUGCAAAGAGAAAAGGAAUGGAAUGUUUCUGUUUGUCCUUACGUUUGGGCUCCAUUUCAGAUUUGAGUGAUUCGCGUAAAAGAAGUCGUCGAUGAAGGGUCCAAAGAAGAGUAGACUUUUAAAAUUCAGUUGUGCCUGCAGAGGGCACUAUAACAGAUGUGGAUGGCUGAGGUAACGGGGAGUUUGCCCAUGCAAGAGUAGAGGACCAUGGGAGAAUCUCAAUUGCAUAGUCUUCGUGUUAUCUCUCCCAGCCUCCUUCUCCAAACCGAUUGGAUGAGCGUGAAAGUCAGAGGUCCCUCCCCUCUAAAGGAAGUGAGGAGAGAGGACACAAGGAGUAUGCAAUUGAGAUUCUUCCCAUGUCUCUGUUGUAUGGCACACUGUUCCUUAUGCAGCUCAUUGGACAUCAGACUACACUAGGAACCCUAGCAUUUCAGAACCUUUUAAAACAAACUAACAGUUUAAGUUAUAACUUGAACAGAGAUCUAGUCUAGACGAUGAUUGUUAUUCCAUUUAUUUUGAUUAAUUUCUUAUUUAUUUUCAAGUUUUCUUUUUGGGAUAAAUGUUGCGCAUGUAAGAUGUGCGUUUCAUGGUGUUUUAACUUGUGUGCUAUAUUGAAUGCAAAUUGAAAAGGGCAAAAUGUUUUCAUAUGUAUGUAUGUCUUUUUUUUGUGAGUGAUAUAGGAAAUGGGAAGGCUGCUGGCUUAAUGACAUCCUCUUUUGUUUUCAGUUGUAUCCUGUAUAAAGAAUUUCCAGGUCCUUACCUUGAGUAUUAACGAGGGGUGUUUAGAUGAUCAAACAUACAUUGUAUCCUCUCUCUACUCACUACUGUUCCCUGCAGGGCAGUUGGUCCUAUUGUUCGUUAUGAUUAAUACUUUGACCUAUUUACUGAUGGUUUGCAAAUCUGCUGGUUUGAGAAAUGCCUACCUCAAUGGAAGUUGCUGAACACAUUUUUAGUACUAGUCCAUUUAGGCUGGUUUCGUUUAAGUAAUCCACUUCUAGGACACAAUGAUGCUAGCCACAAUUUCUUAUGUAAGUCUUAACAGUACAAAAUAGAAACAGAUCUUGGUGAUGUGUUUGCUGGCAGCAUCACCAUUAAUCCCGCUCAAGUGUUUUUAAUAAACUACAAUUGAUAUCCUGGAUUUGUUUCUGGUAAAAGCAUCAUGAGUGAGUUAAGCUAGUAAGGGAACUCACUCCUCAGGGAAUGCCUCUUUCCCCAGUGUGAUCGCUGUAAAUAAGAGUAGGACAUUGUACAGAUGAAUGUGAAUAGGAUCAUUAUUAUUGUACAGGUAGAGUGCAGUUUACACUCAGAACAGUCAGUACCCUUACACUGAAAGACUCAAAUAUGGGCUCGGCACAGUCCACACAGGAAAUGACCUAUCAAUAGAUCUACCCUCUGUAUUAUGUUGCAGGAUAUGCUACAUGCCAUCAUCCCUAACUACUGUUAAAUAAUGAAUGGAAAAAACUGUAAAUAGUACUAACUGAAAAUGUCACACACAAUGCUAAAUAAAAUAGGGUUUAUUGGUUA